AUGGCCAUUUCCGUUCUCCUCGUCUCGACAGUGAUAUUUGCGGCAAUCCUGUCAUUUGGCCUGGCGCUGCUUAUUCCUCGUCCGCACAUGAAUCUUCAUAGACAAGUGCAUAUACCCCGCAAAAGUCCACGGAAAUACCUGACCAUCAGGAUCUCCAACAUCCCUCGCGAUGUGACUAGAGAUCAGUUCCGUGGCAUUUUAAGAAGCCUAUCCAAAACUACCUCAGACUUCACCUCCAACAAUAUACUGGCAUGGUCUUUCACACCUGCUGCCAUCGCUGGUCUUUCAGAGCGCUUUUGCGUAGCCACCGUUACAUUUCACGUAGCUCCAGCGCUCAGCGAUCUGGAAGUGUCUUUGAAGCGCAAACUCGGCGAGGGAGCUACUCGCUUGCUUGUCGACGAAGAUUUCUUCGGACUCACACCUCUGGCCGCUCCCCUACAAAACCCAGCAGUAGAUAUAAUUGCAGUGACCGGGCUGUCUGGGCAUGGUUUUGGCUCUUGGAAGGCGAGAGGCAGGCCAGAUAUGUGGCUUCGCGAUUUCCUUCCGCCCUCAGUUCCAAAUGCGCGCAUCAUGAUAUACGGCUACGACACCAAAUUACCAGGAAUCAAAACGUCUAGGUCUGGAGAUUCUAAACACCGGCCCCUUUUAUUUAUUGGACACAGUCUCGGAGGUCUCGUCUUAAAGCAGGCUCUUGUUCAAGCGUGUGAUGGCAGUGACGAUGACAAAGCCAUUUUCAUGUCGUGUUUUGCGCUUAUGCUAUUCGGUGUUCCUAAUAGAGGCCUUGAAACUUCAAGCCUUAUGGCUAUGGUCAAAGGACAACCAAAUGAAGCAUUAAUAAGAGAUCUUUCAGAGUCGUCACGUUUCUUAAGUCUACUACAGAGCAUGUUUUACGAGCGAUUCACAAUCGACAGCUCACGCAUCAUUUGUGUUUAUGAAACACAAAUGACACCCACAGUUGAAUGGUCUGUGAAAACAGCGUCAUGGGAAAGGACUGGGCAAAAGGUUAUGAUGGUACCGCAUACUUCUGCAACGCAUGUCAGUAAGAACGAAAAAGCAUAUGACCAUCUUCCUAUUGAUGCAGAUCACUCCGAUAUUGUCAAAUUCCAUGACCCAUCCAACCAAGAUUACGCUAUUAUAGAAGCAAGGAUCAGGCAAUUAACAGAUCAAGCCCUCCCGAUUGUUAAAUCGCGGUUUCUCAGUCACCAAAAAAAGCUAUCAGCUUUGGAAUCUCAGUAUAUCAACACCCUCAACUCUCCAACCUAUGACUGGUUUAGACAUGGCAAGGUUGAUGACCCGGCACCUGGGACACUUCGUUGGUUCUUACGCGAAAAGCAAUUUCUUUCUUGGAAAGAUAGCAACGAGUCCUCUAUUCUGUGGAUCAGAGGAUCAGCAGGCCAAGGGAAAACAGUUUUGGCCAAGUUUCUCCUGGAUCACUUGGAGCGCGCCACCUCUGACUCUGGUUCUAGACCUACGGUCAUCUAUUUCUUCUUCUACGACCAGGAUCAAAAUCUCCGAACCGUGGAUGCCGCACUAAGAUCGCUCAUCAAACAACUCAUUCUGCAUCGCCGCGGACUUGCUUUCCAGGCGAUUUCCGAAAAGUUUGACAUCGAGUCGCCUGUUAUACCAGAGUACAUAUUGUGGAGGGUUUUAGAAGAACUGCUACGUGCACCUAUUUUUGGCACUAUAUACUGUGUAUUUGACGCGCUGGACGAGUGUCGGGACGACUCACCGACCCCUAGAUUGCCAGACUUCUUUUCAAAGCUCGUUAAAUCAUCAUGUAUGAGCAAACAAACUGACCUCGUCAUCAAGGCACUCAUGAUUAGCCGCCCGAAAGUAGAGCUGAGCCGCGUGCUGGAACAACGCCCGUUCAUACAUUUAAAAGCCAAUCCUCAAGAUCUGGAAGCGUUUAUUCGGUCUCAGAUUGACAAAAUUGGAUUGAGUGACGAUCUUCAUGGUAAUGCGAUUAAGCUGCUGACGAGCCGGGCCGGGCAGACUUUCAUCUGGAUAUCUAUUGUUCUGAAGAAGAUCAAAGCUGUAACUUCACCGCUAUCGGAAGUGGAUAUGGAGAAAAUCAUCACUCAGAGUCCUUCAGACUUGACAGCUCUAUACGAAGAUAUCAUGACACAAGUCAUGCGAAGCGAGAAUUUAAUACAGCAGAAACUUCUUGCUUGGGUUGUUUACGGCCAACAAGCUUUGACUUUGCCCGAGCUGCAGGAAGCUCUAUCCGUUCAGUCCGAUUCUAGUAGCGCAGAAUCCGCGAAGAAACAUAUGAUACGACUUACAGAGUACGUGGUCACCAGUGUCGCGAUCCUGGAAAUUAGUCUUGGGAGAGUCUAUUUGAUACAUCAAUCCGCAAAAGACUUUCUCCUCGUGAGCGGGCAUCUGGCUGCUGCCGAGUUCUGCCGCAUUCUUCGCCCUUCUGCAUAUCUGGGAAGGAUCUGCAUGGUAUAUCUGUGUUUUUCAGAGUUCAAGAGCGGGCCUUGUCGUGACCGUGCCGAGCUGGACCAGAGGAUCCGACAGUACCCCUUUCUUCGCUACGCUGCGCGAAAUUGGCACCGUCAUAUCCAGGCUGAGGACGAUAUCAGCGGCUUCGCCAGUAUCAUCCGUCAAGUAACAGAACCCAAGUCCCCCACACUCCAGACGUGGGGGGAGGUUGCUGGCAUACUGGAUCUCGACAAAGCAGAGACUGUAUGGGAUAUUGCGACAAGAGCUCACAUCCCGUGGCUGCCUGAAUUGUCUGAAUUUCGUGCCAGAGGCACCAUUGUCGACCAAAGCAGAGUUAAACUAGCGGCCCAUAGCGGCCUUGCGGGUUCCGAUGCUUUGAGUGCCCUCGUGAGACGCGGCAACGUUCAAUUUACCAACGAAGCCGGCCAAGCAAUUGCUCGCUACUUUGACCAAGGAAUGAUGCAAUCGUUUUUGGAAAGCAGUAGGCGUGUCAUUGUAACACCAUCUCUCAUGAGAGCAGCCGCAGCUAAUGAGAGGUAUGGUGCCUCGGUGAUACGCUUAUUAUUGAAGAGCCUUGAUGAGUUUGUGAUUACAGAUGACUUUGUGAUGAUGCUGGAAAAAAACCAUAACUGCAGACAUGACAUCAUGGAAUUCCUCUUACACGAGAAUGUGAAGAUUUCCAAUGAUGCGCUGGCCAAUUUAGUGAGAAUCUUUGGUGCAAAAAUCAUCAAGUUCGUGCAGAGUUCACAGUGGGACGAUACUUUGAUCACAGAAGCUGUCGUUAUAGCUGCGGCUGAUUGUAAAGACGGAGAAGAAGCAAUGACUCUGUUACUUGAGCAGCGUGAGAAGGAUAUUGAGAUCACAGAGGAAGUUCUCAGAACAGUCGCCGCAAGUCGUGAAAGUCAGAGUUCAGCUGUGAUGAGACUACUGAUGAAGCGAGUGAACAAAGCUGAAAUCACUGAGAAAAUCAUCAUAGCUGCCGCCCAUAAUUGGAAGACGGGCAUGGAGAAACUGUCUCUUUUACUUGAAGAGCGCAAAGAGAACAUCCAGAUCACCGACGAUAUUUUUCGAGCCGCGGUAGGGAAUUACAGCGAUAGCAAAGCUAUGACCUUGCUUCUUCUUGAGAGCAAUGACAACGAGAUUGAAGUCACAGAAGACAUGAUUAUAGAUUCGGCGAGUGGUUCUGACACCAGCAGGGCGGUAAUGGCAUUGCUCUUUGAGAAAUCUGAUAAUAAGCUUCAAAUUACAGACGGUGUCCUUGAAGCUGUGGUAAGGUAUACUGGGAAUGGUGGAGCACUCAUAGCAUGGCUUUUUGAAAAGCAUGGGGAUAAGGUCCAUCUUACAGAACCUGUCACAAUGGCCGUCGCAUCUUCUUGGGACGCGGAUGUAGCAAUGGAGCUGCUUUUUGAGUAUCGUGAGAGUGAAAUUAAAUUUACAGAAAACUUGAUCAAAUCUGUGGCAAAAAGCUAUCGCGGUAGCACAAAGGCGAUGGCUGAACUCCUUGAUACGCAUGGAAACGAAAUCGAGAUUACAGAGGAUAUCCUUGAAGCUGUAGCAGAGAAUGACGGCAGUGGACUUGCAACGAUGAGGCUUCUUCUUGAUCGACGGCCAAAAGAGGUCAAAAUAACAGAGAAGGUGAUGGAAGCUGCUGCAGGCAACCGGGUCAGCUCAGAGCUGGUACCGCUGCUUUUAAAGGAGCGCGGGGAUGAGAUUCAAAUCACCGAAAAUAUAGCAAAGGCUGCGGCGGCGAACGCGUACGGUCGCUCGGCCAUGGCGCUGCUCCUUGAGAAGCGCGGGAGUGAGUUCCAAAUCACAGAAGAGGUGAUCAAAGCAGCUGCAAGGAACAUGCACAGCGAUGUCUUGACACUCCUUCUUGAGAAGUAUGGAAGCCGGAUCAAGAUUACAGAAGAAGUCAUCAAGGCCGCUGCAGGGGGUUACUGCAAGGAGGCGGUCGGACUCGUUCUCGAGAAAUGCGACAAUGAGGUCAAAAUUACAGAGGAUAUCAUCAAAGCUGCUGUUGCAGGCUCGGAUGAUUGCACUUUGGUCAUGGCGGUACUUUUCGAAAAAUAUGGAAGCAAGAUUGAGAUCACAGAGGAUGUCAUUAUAAAUGCUGCUCGUAACGAUUGCAACGCUGCACCAAUCUUGACGCUUCUUCUUCGCAAAAACAAUGCCAAAAUCACAGAGCGCAUCACUAAAGCUGUGGCGAAAAAUUCCACUUGCGGGAGAGCAAUGAUGAUUUGGCUUUUAGACAAGUACGGGAGCGAGAUUGAAAUCACAGAGGGUGUGGUUAAAGCCGCAGCUGAAAACAGGGAAAACAGCAGAGCAGUUUUGGCUCUUCUUUUCGAAAAAUGCAGAGGAGAGAUCAAAGUCACAGAGAAAAUCAUAAAGGCUGCCGCUCGCAAUAGCAGGGCGGCUUUGCUAUUCUUGCUGGAGAAGUUUGGGAACGAGAUCCAGAUCACAGAGAAUAUCGUAAAGGCGGCCGCAAAAAAUGCAGGGAGCGGUAGAGCAGUUAUGCUGCUGCUUUUCCAGACAUUUGGAGAAAUGAUUAGGAUUUCAGAAGAUGUGGUUUUAGCUGCGGUCAGAUGUAGGGGAGGCAGCAGGUCAGUCAUGCAAUUGCUCUUCAAAGAGCGCGGAACCGACAUUAAGAUUACCGAGCGAAUCAUGAUAGCCGCCGUGAAGAGUACCAGAGGAAUUGCAGCGCUUCUCUUGGAGGAGCGUGGACACGAGAUCGAAAUAACAGAGGACAUACUGAUAGCUGCUGCAGGGAAUGUGGAACACGGCGAAGAGUUGAUGGAUCUACUUCUUGAUAAGCGACUCAGCGACGUUUCAGCCUUGAUACGGGACUCGGUAUGUCUUGCAGCCGCUGCAUCUGGGCAGCACAACGUCCUCAAGCUCUUAUGCAAUCGCCAUGGGUUUCUCCCUCUCCGUAAAGAGUGGACUGAUAUUGCGGCCUUGUUCAACGCUGCCAAGGAUGGAGACGUGGCAGCCGUCAAGAGGCUUCUGAAAGAGGGAGUAGAGCCCGAUGUGAAGAAUGCCGACAUUGCACUCGUAACUCCGUUAUGGGCUGCUGCUUGUUAUGGUCACACGGCCAUUGUGGAGCUGCUCACGCAACGGAAAGAUGUCAACGUCAACGUCUUGUCGGACGCAGGCGAAUCGCCGAUAUACCGGCCAGCUGCGCAAGGAGAAGAGGCCAUUGUCAAGUUGCUGCUGGCUGCUGGCGCAAAAGUCGAUUUUGUGGAUGAGGACGGCAAGACACCGGCUUCUGUGGCGAGAAAGAACGGACAUGGGAGGAUAGCUGACAUGUUGGAGCGAGUGAGCUCCGAGAGAAGUGAAUUCGGUAGCGUUGAUACCAUCUGAGAGGUUUGGCUGAGCCUACGCAAGAUUGUUUACCAUGUAAUUGAGUCCAUAUACCUUGUAUAAGCGAAUAUGUAUGCACCAGUAAAAGAAGGCCAAUGGUGUCGAGUU